GACCACCAUCAUCUCCACCCCUGCAUCCCUUGCAGCCAUCCACACAUCACUCCGAGCCCAUUCCUUGUUCUCAUGGCAUAUCUUACAGCGCUCGAAAACCGUGCGGCCGCCCUCGCGGGGCCCGAUGUUCUGCGCUCUCCUUGGGCGCCCUCUGCCGAAGACGUGAAAUCACUAGAGCAGAUGCACUUUGACCUCGAGGAGUGCUUGCCGCAGCUGGGCGUCGAUGUAAGGCAGACGGACGCUAGAGUGCGCGCACUCGAAAGAGCGCUGCGGCUAUCUCGUCAUCGACUGGAGUCUCUGAGGGCUCAGCAAGUGCGCGUCGCUCGACAGGCGAAGGUCUGCAAAGCCACUGCGAAGGCGUUCAUACGAAGGCCGCCUAUCGAGAUCAUGGUCAUGAUCUUCUCACUCGUCCUUGAGCCCGGAACGUCCUUCUACGGUCGCGAGCUGCAUAGCAUCACGGCCACUUGCUCCUGGUGGCGCUCCGUCGCGCUGUCUGCUCCGUCUCUUUGGUCAACGAUUUGCCUUGCAUGGUCCUCACUACACUUCGAUGUACGGUACCCAAGAGCACCCAAUGCCGCCCUCGUGCGCGCCCAACUCAAGCACUCCGCCAAUGCGCCCCUCGAUGUCACUGUGACGAUGUACAAUUUACGUGCCGGCGAAUGUGCGCACGCCGCGUAUGAUGGUUCUUGGGCCGCUGUUCGCGAACAGUCGCAUCGGUGGCGUACGGCUGACAUAUCUUGGUACUGCAACUCAGGCUGGCGGAAUGCAUCGGUAUUAGCCCUUCCAAUGCUCGAGAGGUUGACGAUCACCGAUCCACAUGGGAAGGCUAUCCCCUGCUUCGCAGAUGCACCUAAUCUCAGGACCGCCAUAGUCGAAGGAUUUAACCAAGCGACAUGUCCUCAGCCGUGGAAGCUGACGACCCUCACACUUGACAACGUGUCCCCCGCGGAUGCCAUCCCUGUUCUUCAGCAACUCAGCCAGACGCUACAGAGCCUGCACAUUCGACCAUUAUAUCGGGAUUACACGACUGCUUCUCGAAGCACAUCCAUCAGCUUUCCCGAGCUGUCUAUCCUCGGCUUCGGUUCGCUCAAACAGUGCCAGGCGUUCUGCCCCCUCCUUACUGUCCCGAUGCUAGAGAAACUAUCCCUUGAAAUGUCUGACUUCACUGCAGUGACUUGCAACGCCGCCGAGCAUAUUGUCGAGAUGGUUCGCCGAUCGUCGGCCUCCGUUAUGGAUCUGACCAUUUGCCAUCUCCACGCGGCUUCGAGCCAGUGUCUACUGCGUUUGCUCAAGGGCUUGCCGACAUUGGAAUUCUUACAUCUAUACGCGGAUUCAGGCCAUGAACUUCUCGACGACCAGUUCUUCUGCGCAUUGACGCCAACCACAGAGAAUCUCGACUGCCCGCUGCCCAACCUAGUAGAACUAGCAGUCACCGCUUCCAUCGUCUAUGACCCCGCCGGCGUGGACUUUGCAACGCUCCACCAAAUGUUCAAUGCCCUACGGAGGGAGGACGUGGUCAUCAACGGCCAGCUGUACCCUGCUUUGGAGGAGCGCUCUCUCACGCGUAAUCCCAACGAUGACCUUUUCGUUGCCUAUGACAGCGACGAUGACGAUGAAGAAUACGUCCCGAACCCGACAGACACCGACGAUGAGACAGACUAUUCGAUGAGUAUAUCUGACGACGAGGACGAGUCGCAGAGCGACCUCGAGAUCUUCGGAGCGCGUUGAAGCAGGCAUAGUUAUGCGAUUCUGUCUUUAUCACGAAGCUCAACGUUGCGGGGUAAUAGGUAGUUAGAUCAGUGCACCCGUGUGUUGUGGGUCCAGACCAUUUUUUCCUGUUUUGAAAGUCGCAUGGCGACGCGUGCAGCAGCGCAUGAGCCAUCUUCUCAC